GUUUGUUGAAGAGGGUAGGAAGGGUGAAGGAUUGCCUCCUCGUCUGCUCUUGCAGCUUUAACACAAACGCCAAAACUACCAGCAAAGGAGCAUUGCACGUUUUGUGGGUCUGCUUGGGUCGUUGUGCAUCAUUCUGAGUGUGUGUGCUUUUCUGUGUGUGUGUGUGUGUGUUUGUGUGUGUGUGUGCGUGGAGGAGGGGACUGAAGAUCCAGGAGCUUUGUAGCAGCGAGGAGGUCAGAGGAAGGCCACCAUACUCACUUCAGCCCACAUGGCGCCGGUCCGAGCUGAAGGCGUCCUGUUGCUCCUGAGCUGCUGGUUUGUCCUCCACAUCCAGUCAUCAGCAGGUCAAGGAAGUGACUGCAGCUGCAACAUGACCAACAGUCGCUGUGAUGAGUCUGGAAUAUGCAGGUGUGACCCUGGCUGGGAAGGUGAACACUGCGAUCGCUGCGUGCUCAUGCCUGGCUGUGUGCACGGCUCCUGCCAGCAGCCAUGGCAGUGCACAUGUGAGCCUGGAUGGGGGGGGCGAUUCUGUGACAAAGAUCUUAGCGUGUGCUCAAAUCAGCAGCCAUGCCGGAAUGGUGCCACCUGUGCAAUGAAGGACAGCGGAGAUUUUACUUGUCUGUGUCCACAAGGCUAUCAUGGCCACCUGUGCCAACGAAAGUCGGGGCCAUGUCAUCAAAUCAGGUCUCCCUGUAAAAAUGGUGGCCUUUGUGAAGACGCUGAUGGUUUUGCUGCAGAUCUUACCUGCCGCUGUCUGGCGGGUUUCACUGGAUCGUUUUGCGAGACAGACAUAGACGACUGUCUGUUGAAGCCAUGCGCCAACGACGCCAUCUGCCUGGAUGGCAUCAAUCGGUUCUCAUGCAUCUGUCCCAGUGGCUUCACUGGACGCUUCUGCACCGUCAACCUGGACGACUGUGCUAGUCAGCCCUGCCUGAAUGGCGGCCGCUGCCUAGACCUUGCGGGGGGCUUUCGCUGUAUAUGUCAGCUGGGUUACAUGGGAAACACCUGUGAGAUGUCGCUCAGCAGCCCCAACUGGACCACAAAGGGGGAGAAGGGAAAAGGCAAAAGAAGCAGCAACAUCACUCAACAUGGGAACAGACUGAUGAAGGUGACAGUGAGCGACCGUGGAAUAGCCAGCCUCUCGGACAUUCAGCUUAUUGUUGUCGUGGUUCUGGGGGGAGUGACUUUGGUAGCGGUGGCACUAACGAGUGGUUUGGUGCUGUGGGGCCGUUGCCAAAACUGUAGUUACACCGCCGGCUGGUCACCGCCAUGCUCUCAAGGAGCCGAGAGGAGCAGACGGCGAGGACAGAGUGAAACACAGCAAUGCCAGAUCAGCUUUCUGAACUCGGUAGAACCACAGAAGAAGUUAAAUUUGGAGGCUGUUUAAGCUGGUUGCUAUGAGGAUGAGGAUGACAAGAAGAAAAGCAAAGAGAGCACUGUUGAGGUUAGCGGCUCUGCCCAUUCAGGUCAGCUGCUCUGAGACUCUCAGCCUGGCAAUUGAGGAGCAACAUCAGCCUGUGGAUCUGUUGUCCCUAAAGCCUCUGUGCAGCAAGGACAGAGGGGUGAGUCCUCAAUGCCGCUGGCUGUAGAAAUGAAGAAGGACCAGCUUCAGUUCUGCCAACCUGUUUAUUUCAGCUGGACUCUGAAGUGGCUGCCUUCAGAAGGACUGCAGUGGUUGGUUCAUGAUGUCGUGGUCAGGAGGUCGACCCUCAUCUGGAUCCUGUUUGCUUUAAAGGACUCAAACGAUUCAGAGACAUUCUCACACAAGCACUUGGGAAACCUACGGGUCACUGUUCUGGUUAAAGAACCAGAGCAGGGAUCAGCUGCUGGAGAAGUUUACUCUCAAAAACUCAGGUGUUUCGGUCUGAAAGACAAAUAUGACAACAUGGACACGUUUAGGUUUCAAAUGAAAGUCAUAUGAGAAGAUAAAGAGAAGAGCAAAGAAACAAGAAUAAAAUAAAGUGAAGACAUGUUGCAGGUUUUGUUUGUUUCCACAGUUUGGCCAAGUGUUUAAGACAGUAAACACAAGGAAACAUCAGCUUAACCCUUGUGCUAUCCUAAGCACUUUAACACUGGGAGUUGGGUCAUCUAAACCCACUAGACCGCUCUUGACUAGAUCCUCUCCACCUUUAUCCACCUUUGUCAUGGUAGGAUAACACGUCAAUGUAAGGGUGGGGUCAUAGGAUAACACAAGGGUUAAAGCCUAGAUAGUCAAGAGAUUUCAUAGAUGACAUCACAAAUAGAUGCAUUUUGCCUUUGGCAGAUGCAUCAAGUCCUCAUUCUCUAGAUUUUUACUUUGGUUGCUUACAUUUCUCUUAUGUCCUAUUACAGAUGUUUGAUGGAUUUUGUAUUCAUACGUCUGAUUCCUCUUUUCUCUUUGCAGCUGUUACUUAUUUUAAGCUUAUCACAAAUUUGCCCAUUUCAUUGUGUUUGCCCGUCUUUGCUGUUCUCUGCUGGUUGAUCUUACUAAACCUGGUUCUGCUGUAGUUUCUUCCUAAUUUUUCAUCUAGAGGGAGUUUUUCUCUCCACUUACCAUUGGUUUUCUCCGUAUUGAAUUUACAUCAAUAACCCUUUGAAUGUAAUCUGUUGGUCACUCAUAGAAUGGUAGUAUGCACUUAAGAUUAUCAGGCCUUAUUGGAAUGGUCUGGACAAAAUUAGAUUAUAACAAAUAGAAAUAAACCUCAGUUUGUCUUUUGCCUUUUAUGUAGCAAUUUAAUCCAACCUCAAUUUUGAACUAGCAUGUUGUAAAUAAACUGAAGUGAAACUA